AUGAAAGUGAUCAACGGAGAAAGGGCUGCAGCAUUUGCCCGUCUCCUCCCUGAUUACAUUCGUGAUUCCAUUCCGAGUGAAGUUAUUGACUGGAAAGAGAAGAUUUUCACGAAAUUAGAAUCCGCUAUUGAGCAAGAUAAGCCAGAUGAGAUAGAUUUUUGGCUUAGUAGCCUCGACAUCUUCACAAAUUCGGAUUUAUAUACAUUUACAUUGCAAGAAGUCGAAAAAAUCCUUUUAAUUUUAUUCAAAUUUAUAACAACAAGUGAUCAUUGGAAGCUAGUAUCACAGGCUUGUCAAUCAUUCGUUAGCAUAUUUCGUCCCCGCACCAUGAAACUCUCAAUAAAGCUACCGUGGAGACCUCUUUAUUUAAUUGUCCAAAAACUCAUCCUUUCAAGAAGCAAAACCAAGCAUUUUCAACCCCCUGUAUCCCUUUUCUCAAAUAUAAUAGUAUUGAUUCGUUCUUGUACGUAUUUAUUUGAGGACACAGCAGUUCAAGAAAUGUUGGACUUAUGGAUGCCUUUGUUCGAACCUCAUCAUCAUUCAUUGGUGCUCGGACAUUGCCUGAUCUGCCUCUUUUUGCCUGUAAACAAUGAUCACCAAGAUUUAUGGUUCGAUAAAUUCUUUUCACUAUGGCCAAUGUUCCACGCUGAGACAUGGGACUACCAGUGGCUAUCGUUGUUUGCGAGGCAGAGCGAUAUAGAGUCGCCAAAAGCAAAUUGGGAACCUUAUUUACCAUUUUUCUUCAAUACUCUCGCAAAUUACUUGAAUGUGCCCAUUUCAUCAUUAGAUACAACAAGCAUUUCUAUUAAUGACUAUCAAAUCGAUAUGUAUCGCGUUUUUUACUUAGGAAUAACAUCAUACAUCGAAUUACUGCCUUCUUUUACUUAUAUUAUCAUUAACUUACUUACGAGCAGCUGCAAGGAUAGUAUUCGAAAGCAUCUUGAAACAAUCAUAUUUUUAUUAGAGCCAUAUUGCUCUCCAAUGGCAAUUUCAGACGACGAUCCCACUCCAGAACUUACUAUAUUCUUCUUAAACUCACUGGUGGCUCAAUACAUUAAACGUGUUUCGUUAGAAAGAAAAAAUCAUGUUAGUUUACUUCAUCCUUUGACACAAAGCGACCAUGAUUGGUUCGUAAAUCUUUUACUACCGAUAAUACAAAUGGAAAGAUUUUGCGCAGAUACACAAAUCUCUUACAUAAAAGAUUUUGCUUCAUUAGCACCGACAAUUGUUAUUCCUGUCUUAAUCGAUACCGUAUACAACCUCGUACAAUACGAAAAAUUACAGAUUUCGGCAAUUAAAACUGUUAUUUCCUUAAUUCCGGUCUGUAUUUACUUCGAUCAGAACAAAUUCGAGCUCCAAGACAUUAUUUUAAAAUUUGCGGAAAUACUCAACCCAAUGGACGUUGACCAGAGCCUCAGAAUGUUCAGUUUAUUCUCAGUUUACGUAUCAUGCGUCGGAAUUCGCGAAGAAGACGAAGAAAUGAAUCUCCUUGUCACAAAAAAGGCGCUAGAUUUUAUCGAGCGUCUAAACGACAUGGAUUACGAAACGUGCGGCGAAUUGACGAAUAAUUGGAUUGCAGUCGUUUGUGGGUCCGCAUCUCCAAGAUUCGUAGAGAAAGUAGUUAAGCUGUUCAUGGAUGUCGUAGAUCGACUAUCGCCACUCUCUAUUUCGGACAUUGUCAGAUCUAUAAGUACAAAUGGAAUCAAUUUCUUUGCUCCAAAGGCUUUUGAAGCUAAGACGGUUCAAGAGUUUGCCAUAUUAAGAGGUAUUUUCACAUUAGACAGAGGUUUAGUCGUUGAAAAUGUUGAUAAGAUUCUAGAUUGCAUCAAAAGAGGAUUGGAUGACCAAGACAAGAAAAUUCAGCGUAUGGCAACCCACAUCGUCAAGCUGAUUUUCAUAUCUCUCCUCCAGACAGCUCCUUACACAGGCCAGCCAAAUAGCUUUACAACUAUUGAAAAUGCGACGAUAGACUGGCACAUUCCAAGUGAAGCCGAAAUUGAUUGUGCUGAUAAAGUGUGCGAUCAUCUUACAAAGUGGGCCGAUGAAUUUCUUGCGUGUACGAAUGACGUAAAUAAGCAGAUAAUUGGAAUUACGAUUAUCUCAAAUAUGGCGAAAGGUUUGAGGUUCGUAAUAUCCAACUGGAUGUUUGACACCAUUAUUAAAGACGACAGCCAGAUCCAGCCGAAGAUGGUUCAUCGCGAUUGUCCGAAAUUGAAGAGACACUGGCAGUACAUGCUCGACAAGCUCAGUUCCUUCCUAGAACUCGAUCAGCCGGAGAAAAUCAUCAACUUUGUCCUCAAGAUUCUCCCAAUGUUACUUGUUCCGAGGGACCACGUCGAUAUAGACACUCGCGACGAGAAUGCGAAGAUCAAGUCGAUGAAGGAGCUCUUGGCUGUAGGCGUAGUGACCGAUGUUGUCACUGCAAGGUUCGUAAGAAGAAGAAUCUUGCAAGUUUACAACUUCAGAAACGCCGUAAAGAUCACACCAUACACCAAACAGAUAGACGCCAUCAUCCAGAAGAUCGCGACCAUCUGUACUCAUCCAUCUCCUAAAAUCAGAUGCAGAUGUGCACUUUUUGUCCAAGAAACAAGUGCAAUUUUCCCCGACCACUUUGGCCCCUUCUUUGAAACCCUUAUUUCAAAGUGCGAAGGCUGUUUAGACGACAAAAACAAGUUAUCAGGACUUGCUCAGUCAUUAUGUUCAUGUUGUCAACUUGUUUUCACAGCAGUCAACUUCUCAACGAUUGCCAAAGCAGCACUUCUUGUUUGUCGUCCAUUUUCCAAUGAUUUACCAGAAGAUUCAGUUCGUUCUCUUCGACAAUUCAUCAUCAUGACAUUCGAAAUUGUUGAUUUGAACGAGAAACGAUUCAUUGACAAAGCAUUCAUGACUACACGCAAGAAUGUCAUUGAAACAGCUAUCAAACAAUACGAAGAAUAUCGAUCAGACAGCGAAGUUGAAUCAUACUCAACUGCAUUAGUUAUUUCCAUGGCACAGAACAGGACAGAACUUUUAAGUUACGAAGUCUUUAAUUUCUUAAUUCCCAAACUAUUCAAAGAAGAUCCAAGUUUAAGAGAAGCAGUUAUGCAAACGAUGCCAAAUUUCAUCGAACAAUUAAUUGUCAGAAUUCCAAAGAAACAAAGAGUUCCUGUUUCCAAGAUUACUCCUGAAAAUUAUGACGAAGCAUUGUUCAAAGACAGAUUUUUGAAAGGAUUGAGUACAAAAGAACCAUUAUUCCUUUCCGUUGAAGAAUUAUUAGAUGUAGAAACAGUUCGUAAAUAUUUCCCUUCAUCUGCAGAAGAAAGAGUUAAAAUCCACAAAUUAUUUGUGCAACAAUUCAUUGAUUCUCCUGAUGACAUCGAUCGCAUUUGUUCUGCAUUAGUUAAUUCACAAGUACACCAAGAAGAAUCAUAUUCCAAGAUGAGAGUUCAGUUCUGGGUAUCAAUCAUUAGAUUACUUGGUCCUCCUUUUGUUUCAAGAUUAAUUACACAAAUGGAGAAAUUAACUGUAUCAAAUGCAAAUGUCGCACAACAUGUCAUUGCAGGAGAACUAUUUUCUUCUGUUAUGUUUGCAUUGAAAGGUUGGAAAUUUGCACGUAUACAGCAGAUUAUUCCACAGUUGUUACCUUUCAUUGCAAGAGUUGUAAGAGAAGGAGAAAGUGACUUCCAAAGUGUAUGGUUUGUUUCUGUUGUUUGUGGUCUAAGUGAUCACGAUCCACAACGUUUUUUCUGGCUGUUUGAUGAAUUGUUAUCUGUCAUUCCUGAACAUAUUACACAAAUAAGAGAUGUGAAAACAGCAUCUUUAGUUGUGGAUAUAUUGAUGGAAUUCGCUUGGAGAUCACCAGAACUCAUCAAACCGAUCAUUGAAAAAGCUGUCAGACCAAUGUUUGAAGAGAAAGCUCAACAAUUUGAACAAAUUAGAGAAUGUUCAAUUCGAGCGGUUUCGUCACUUUUUUCAACAUUUUUCAAUCUUUUUGACGAAGAAAUUCCUCCUGAAGCACAAGAGCUAUUUGAUUUCAUUUGCAAGGCAGGUGAUAACUUCCUCAUCGCUUGGUUAACAGCUCAGUUCACAACACAAGCUCUUUCCAGUAUAAUUGUAAACAGAUUGGCAAUUAAUAAAAUUGCAGGAUGGUUGGACAUCGCGUUAGGAAAAUCAGAAGAUGAAGAGAAGAGAGCUCGUGGUUGUUUGUUGCAUUUGAUUCGAUCUAAUUGGCUUUGGACAUGUUCUAAACGCCCAUUGACAAAAGAAUCAGCAUUACCUGUCAUCAAGAAAAUCUACGAACAAUUGUCAAUGGACAAGAAAACAUGGCAAGGCCAAGCAGUCAUUUUGUUCUUGAACUACGCUUUCUACGAACAAAACCACUUCUUCUUCAGAGACAAUGAGAUCAAAAUGAUCACAGAUAAUGUUGUUCUUCCUGCUUUGGAAUCAAGUAAUUUCGAUGUCCAAGUUUCGGCUGCAGAAGCAUUCACAUAUUUGCUGAAAUCAUCGAAAUUCUUGAGACAGCAUAUCCCUGAAUACCUCGACAAAUACAGGAAAUACAUUUUCAAGGGAGAAUCAACAGCCAUCAAAAUCGCAGGUGUCAAAGCUCUUUUCUCAAUCAUCCAGUCAACAUUGCUGUUCUUGAAUGUUCCUGAUUACAUCACUGAUGCAUUUGAGACAUUGUCUGAAGCACAACAGAUCAAUCAGAUGUUGGAGCCACACAUUUCACAAGGUUUCUCAGAUUUCUGGUCUUGCUACAACCAAAAUCUCAUCCAGAAUGUCGCUGAACAACUCGAAAGAUUUAGAGAUUCAAUGCGACCAAGUUACUUCUGUUAG